AUGACUACCGCCUCCGACUAUACCCUACCAACCGACUCUUGGAUCGUGGUCACCGGUGCCAACGGCUACAUCGCCUCCCAGGUGAUCAACGCUUUCCUGGCCAAAGGCUACAGGGUGCGAGGCACGGUACGGUCCGAGAAGCCAUGGCUUGUUGAUGGCUUCCGAGCCAAGUACGGUCCAGGUCGAUUCGAGACCGCGAUUGUGCCCCGACUGGAAGAUGAAGGAGCACUCGAUGACUUUGUCCAAGAUGCAGGUGGUAUUGUCCAUGUGGCAUCCGACAUGUCCUAUCGCCCCAACCCCAACGAUGUGAUUCCAGGGGUGGUCGCAGCAACAAUGAACGUGUUAACUGCCGCGAAAAAGGCCCCAUCCAUUAAACGAGUGAUCAUCACCUCGUCGGUGAAUGCAGCGUGUCUUGCAAUGGAUGAUGCGUUUGGAUUGCCAAGCAAGAUAGUGGACCAGAGCUCUUGGAACGAUGCUGCAGUAGCGGCCGCAUGGGAUCCCGAAACAGCGGACCAUUUGAAGCCCAGCAUUGUGUACACUGCAGCCAAGGUCACCGCUGAACACAAUGCCUGGAACUGGAUGAAGGAGCGCACGCCGCAUUUCACCUUGAACACGGUGCUUCCUAACAUGGAUUUCGGUACAAUCCUCUUUCCUGAGCAUCAAGGCUCAUCGAUGCGUGCUACACGCAUGUUGCUUGAUGGAAGUGAUAUGGUGAUGAAGGUUGUUCCACCACACUGGUAUGUGGAUGUGGAGGACACGGCACGCCUUCAUGUCGUUGCUUUACUCGACCCCUCCGUGCAGUCCGAGCGCAUUUUCGCGGCCGCAGCCCCGUUCAACUGGGCGGAGGUGAUCACGAUUCUACGAGAGCUACGGCCUGAGAACAAUCGAAUUCCCGAUGCAUACGAUCCAGUGAAAGAGAAAUUUGACCUUGUGCCCACAAAGCGCGCCGAGGGUCUACUGAAAAGCUUUUACGGCAGACCUGGGUGGACUUCUUUGAGGGAAUCUUUGGUGAACGGCAUAGAUGGAUACUACUAA